CACCCCCUGUGUCUGUAUACAGAGGCUGAGCAGCUCAUUCUGAUCCCAGCACAGUCCAGAGGAGACCACAGCCUGCAACACCAGGGACUGCUCCUUCCUGCACCCCGCCAGCAGCACCCAGGUCUGCUCCUUCCUGCACGCAGCACCCAGGUCUGCUCCUUCCAGCACCUAUACUGCAGCACCCAGGUCUGCUCCAUCCAGUACUCACCUGCAGCACCCAGGACUGAUUCUUCCAAGACCUACCUGCUACACCCAGGUCUGCUCUUAUCACCUACCUGUAGCACCGAGGACUCACUUGUAGCACCAAGGUCUGCUCGUUCCAGGACCUACCUGUAGCACCCAGGACUCACUUGUAGCACCAAGGUCUGCUCGUUCCAGGACCUACCUGUAGCACCCAGGACUCACCUGCAGCACCAAGGUGUGCUCCAUCCAGUACCCACCUGCAGCACCUAGGUCUGCUUCUCCCAGUACUCACCUGUAGCACCCAGGUCUGCUCCAUCCAGUACUCACCUGCUGCACCCAGGUCUGCUCCUCCAGUACUCACGUGCAGUUACCCAAGUCUGCUCCUCCAGUACUCGCCUGCUGCAUCCAGGUCUGCUCCUCUAGUACUCACCUGCAGCACCCAGGUCUGCACCUCCAGUACUCACCUGCUGCACCUAGAUCUGCUCCUCCAGUGCUCACCUGCAGCACCCAGGUCUGCUUCUUCCAGUACUCACCUGCAGCACCCAGGUCUGCUUCUCCAGUACUCCCCUGCUGCACCCAGGUCUGCUCCUUUCACUACUCACCUGCUGCACCCCGGUCUACUCCUUCCACUACUCACCUGCUGCACCCAGGUCUGCUCCUUCCAGUACUCACCUGCUGCACCCAGGUCUGCUCCUCCAGUACUCACCUGCUGCACCCAGGUCCGCUUCUUCCAGUUCUCACCUGCAGCACCCAAGUCUGCUCCUCCAGUACUCACCUGCUGCACCCAGGUCUGCUCCUCUAGUACUCACCUGCUGCACCCAGGUCUGCUCCUCCAGUACUCAUCUGCUGCACCAAGGUCUGCUCCUCCAGUACUCAACUGCGGAACCCAGGUCUGCUUCCAACAAUUGAACCUGUCUGGCACAGUAAUAGGUGAGAGGAUCCAGCUAUUGCCAUCAGGUCGGUUCAUGAAAUGACAUCUCUAUCUAGCGCCCUGUGUCUCCUCUUGCUCUCCUGUGCGUCGCCGGGCCUCAGUGUGCAGGAUCUCCGCGUCAGUCCGGAGGUGGCCGGGAAGAUCUCCGCAGCCGGGCAACGGAUGUUCUGCUCCGCCCCACUGGACGUCCUUCUCCUGUUGGAUGGUUCCAACAGCAUUGGGAAGGGGAGCUUUGAGAGGUCCAAGCAUUUUGCUGUGAAGCUGUGUGAUGCCCUGGACGUUGGUGCUGAGCAGGUCAGGGUGGGGGUCAUUCAGUACAGCACCAACCCCCAGGUGGAGCUCCGCCUAGAUUCGGGAUUCGCUAAGGAAGAUGUUGAGGAGAAGAUCAAGUCGGUCGUGUUUAAAGGGGGCAGCACAGAGACUGGCCUGGCGCUGAAGUACAUUCUGCGGAAGGGCUAUCCUGGUGGCCGUAACUCUUCUGUGCCCAAAAUCUUGAUUAUCUUAUCUGAUGGAAAGUCGCAGGGCAGCCCGGGGUUCCCAGCUACGCUGAUAAAGGAGAGGGGCAUUGAGGUGUUCGCAGUGGGGGUCAAAUUCCCUAGGUGGGCGGAGCUUCAUGCCCUGGCCAGUGAACCGCUGGAGCAGCACGUGCUGUUUGCAGAACACGCAGAUGAUGCGGUGAAUGGUCUUUGCAGCUCUCUGAGUAAUUCAUCGAUCUGCAACGCUGUUCCGCCAGGUUGCAGUAUCCAGUCUUACCCGUGUGAGCGGAGGACCCUGGAGACGGUGAAGGAGCUGGCAGGAAACUACAUGUGUUGGAGAGCGUCUGCAACCCCCAGUAACGUGAUUGUAGGACACUGCCCCUUCUACAGCUGGAAACGGUUCUUCACAAAACAUGAAGCUCGGUGCCAUCGGACAGUGUGCCCAGAUCCCUGUGACUCCCAGCCAUGUAAAAAUGGAGGCACCUGCAUCCCUGAGGAGAUGGAGAAGUAUCACUGUGUGUGUCCUGCGGGAUUUGGAGGAGACUCAGAAUGUGCUCCUAAGUUAAGCCUUGAAUGCAACAUCGACCUCCUGUUCCUGCUGGACAGUUCCUCGGCCUCCUCCCUGGAAACCUUCAUGCGCCACAAGUCCUUCCUCAAACGAUUCAUCCAGGCCGCCCUGUCGAACGAGUCUCCAGUCAACGUUGGUGUGGCCCAAUACAGUAAUGACGUUGAUAUGGUGGUGAAGAUCAAUGAGUAUGAGAACAUUGCCGAACUUCUGACACUUGUAGACAGUAUGCAGUUCAUGGGUGGUGGGACUUACACCGGAAAAGCCCUGCGUUAUGUUACCCGGCACGGCUUCAAGAGCACCCCGGUCUUUUCUGAUGUUCGUGAUGACCUCCCUCGCGUCGUGGUUCUACUCACCGGGGCCACGUCGCAAGACUCUGUGUCAGAAGCGGCAUUGUAUGCCAGGGACCAAGAAGUGUUCCUUAUCGGCGUGGCCACGGACUCCACUAAAGAGGAGAUGGCGGAUAUUGUGGAGAACCCCCAGAACAUGAUAACUUACUCCAGCCCCCAGCAGCUCUUCAACCAGCUGCCGCAGCUACAGAAGAUGAUCUGCAGUAUUGAUGCUCAAGGCUGCCAGGCCCAACCAUUGGACUUAGUAUUUGCCAUGGACGCCUCGUCCGGCGUUGGACAGGAGAACUUUGAUCGGCUGCUGAACUUUAUAACCAUGAUCUCUGUGCAGUUCGACAUUAACCGUGACGUGACACAGAUGGGUCUUGUAACAUAUAGUAACCAGCCGAAAACUGUGUUUGGACUAGAUACGCACGAGACUGGUUCUAGCCUCCUCCAUGCAAUCAACCAGGCGACCUAUCUUGGAGGUUCUCCCUCUACUGGGAGCGCUCUGCUGCAUGUUCACGACGAAGUGAUGACAAUCCAAAAGGGGGCCCGGCCGGGGGUGAAAAAGGCUGUGAUAGUGAUCACCGAUGGUCGAGGAGCGGAAGAUGCGGCCGUCCCUGCCCAGAAGCUGCGGGACAACGGCAUCUCCGUCUUCACGAUCGGAAUAGGGAAAAUCCAGAGGAGCUCGUUGCUGCGCAUUGCAGGGUUGGACAAGUUCCUCACCCACAUCCCUUCCUACAGUGCCCUCAGUCAGUAUGAAGACCUCAUUGUCCAGAACAUCUGUGAAGAGGCAAAAUCCAAAGUGAAUCUGUGCAAACCCAACCCUUGUAUGAAUGGUGGAGUGUGUAUCCUGCGACAGGACAGCUACCACUGUGAGUGCGACGGCUGGGAUGGACCCCACUGCGAGAACCGAAUACUCAGAGGGGAUGCACACUGGCCCCUAGGACUACAAGGCAAGCUUCGGCGACAGAGGCACUCCAGCACAGCGCGGCACCACCGGAAACCCUCCCGGAAGGCACCAUAACUUCAGCCUUGUUUACUGCUUGAGGGCCAACACCAUACUUGUUGUGGGCCGUGGUAGGACAUUCAGAGACUUGGAUUGCAUUUUCACAUAUCACCGACUCACUGGCAGUCUGGGGUAUUGCAAACUGCUACCUCGCUGCAAGAAUAGACUGGUGUAAUGGCACGGAGUGGACACUAGAGGGCACCAAGUCAAAGCAUCAACUUUUUCAGAGUCUGUUCUCAAAGGGGCUGAUUCUAAAUUGGAUGUCACUGCGUCUGCUUUUAUGUAUGGCCACGGUAGUCUGCUUACUACCUUAUUGUAUGGUAAAAGGAUAUCUGAGAUGUGCGGACAGAUUUAUAUCCGUAUAUUUGUCUGUGGAUUAUUAUAUUAACGUCUUAUUGUUCCACCACCUACAGUAGAACUUGAAUCUUGUAGCUAACGUGUAUGUUAUAGAUACAGAUGGUAGCCAGGCGUGCUGUAACUCGCUGGUUUUAUCAGGUUUUGUAGCAGAGGUAUAAUGUAGACCAGAGGUUCUCAAACUCGAUCCUCGGGGGCACACACAGUGCAUGUUUUGCAGGUAACCCAGCAGGUGCACAGGUGUAUUAAUUACUCACUGACACAUUUUAAAAGGUCCACAGGUGGAGCUAAUUAUUUCACUUGCGAUUCUGUGAGGAGACCUGCAAAACAUGCACUGUGUGUGUCCCCGAGGACCGAGUUUGAGAACCUCUGAUCUAGACACCCACUGUAUUUUGUACUAUAUUUAUAUAUGAGGUAAUUGUUAUUAUCAUAAUUAUUAGAUUAUUUGUUAAUAUGGAUUUGUACAGGUUUUUUUUGCUGAAUUGUAAAAAAUAAAAAAAAAUUCUCUUGUACAACGUGUUUUGUAUGGAUUAAAGUCACGUUGUCGGGGCCGCUCUCUGCGUAGGCGGAAUACUCCCAUCUGUGAGAGAGGCUUCAGCGUCAGACUUGUGUCUCAAGACUGUUACUGAAUGGGCUGCAGGGCCUUGGCCACUGCAGCUGGGCCCACUUUACCCUCAGUAAUGAUCGAGGCGAAUCGGGGAGUGGGGUCCUAUUUCCAUCUCUCCCCUGCGAGACCAAAGACAGGUUUAUCCCUUAUACAGGGAAUGUACCAUUAGCCGUAACCCAAAAAUGAAUAAAUGAAUGUAUGAAAUGUAA